AUGAAUAUCGGCAACUCCCCACUCUUCAAGGACAGGGCGCGUCCUGUGCUGCGGCAGACCUUUGCACCGCACGAUCCGGAGGCCAGGCCUCGGAGGGGCACCAUGGACUCGGUCGUCCAGUUCCUACUCGACCGAUCCCGAAUAGACGUAUCCAAGAUCCGCAUCGAGAGAGCAACAGAGGACUCUUGCGAUCUCACCGUGGAGUUCCGUCUCACCAAGACCGGGCCGAUCAGCAGCACGAUCAGCGAAACGGACGUCGGCCUGUCGUUCAAUGGCUUCUGCUUCGCCAGAAUCAGACUGCCCGAAGUGAGGACCAGCUUCUGGGCGACCAGUGUCAAAAUCCAAGGGCAGCGACUCCAAAUCACCGACAUGACCACGUUCAAGGCAUACAUCCGGAGCAUCAUACUAGACGACGAGACAAAGUUCCAGCUCGAGCAGGGCAGAUGCACCGUGACCGCGCUAGGGGUAACGGCAAACUGCAACUACCGCAUGGACAUUCCCAUCCGCGGCAUGGGAGGCCCCAAGGCAAAGUUGCGGAGCUUGAAGCGCCGUGGUGAGGACGUGACGGUGGUGCUCACCAUUGAGAACCCAAGCCCGGUCGAGGUGGAUCUUGGGAAUACCGUCUUUGAGCUUCGAAGCGGUGUUGCGCUUGCGUACGCGGAGCUGAAGGGUCCCUUGAAAAUCACUCGGGGAACCUUUGACUGUGUUCUACAUGGCAAGGCCAAGGCCGGGGCUGUCAUAUCAGCCAAAAUGAGACUGACUGGCAUCUGUGCGGAAGAGGUCUCUUGGUGCCGAGAAGCUGUGCCUUUCUUGGAUUUACCCGUUGAUCAGGAGCACGUCGCGACCGGCCUACCGUCGGCGGGAAUGGCUUCCCGAAACAUGAACCCUCGCCACGGGUCGCGGCAGCCGCCAAAGCAUGACCUCGUCACCCGUAUCCACAAUAGCGCUCUCCAGACGCCCACUGGCCUCGCCGGCCGCUUCGACGUCCCUAGCUCCAACAACCCCAAUCCCGCCGACUCGAGCUCCUCCGAAUCCGACGCCUACACGUCCCGGCCGCGCACCUCUCGCCCCCAGCACGCACGCUCUAUGAGCAACCCCUUUCCCUCGCUCUUCAGCACCAGGAAAAGGAGGCAGGAUUCCACGAGCCGCCCCGCCCCCGACCUCAACGUCGACGGCGAUGACGCUGGCGUCAUGGCCGGCGCCAACACCGGGAAGCAGCCCAGGCCUGGCGCUUCCGCAGCGAGCAGCAAGGACUUUGCCACGGGCAACUGCAUGACCUGCUCGUCGCUCGUCAAGUGGCCCAAGGAUCUGAAGGUGUUCAAGUGCACCAUCUGCUCCACCAUCAACGACCUCGUGCCCGUCCAGGGCGACGUGCGCAGGAAUGCGACCGCGGGCAGGGCUCGCGGAAUGAGCAACGAUCUUCCAGGCGUACCCAUAUCCACACAACACUCCAAGCGACUGGUACAACAAUGUCUCCGCUCGUAUCUCUCAAGGAAGCUGUGCUCGAGGUCUCGAUCCAACUCGGAUACCGGCUCGGCGAAGCGGCCCGGAUCGCCAACCCGCGGCCCCCAAUUGCUGCCGAGUGAUGCGGGCAGAGGCUACGAAAAGCACCAUGAUCGCCAUGGCCCGCCCACGAGCAGCAGCCAGCCAUUGUCCGAAGCCAAAUACGUCUUCGACGAGGAACCAACCUUGCGACCCAACCCGCUGCGCCAAAACAACGCCAUGCCCCGUUCCUACUCAUCGUCCUACCCAGAAAGGCCCACGCUGGCGGUUCCGCCUUCGACGCCAAGCAAUGGUCGAAGGGAACCAUCGACGUCGCGAGACGAGAACCCGAAGCGGAUCUUCAAGCCCCUUGAAGACUACAUUGUGUCUUGUUUUAGCUCGUUUGAUUGCGUCAACUCGUCUUUUUUGACCCAGUCUGCUCGCCCAGCUGGGCGAUCCGGAGGCGACCACUCGAUCCGAAGGAAGCCUGUUCCUCGCGAAAUGCAGGCCACUCAAAAGCCCCUCCCUGAACUCCCGCGCGAGGCGUCUCCCCCAGCAAAUAUCGUCGAAGGGCUAGAUCCGAAAAUGCUGCUCCUGGGCGACUUCGCGGAAAACGGUACUUGGUGGACUGGUGGACAGCAUGGCGGGGGCACGGGCAGCACCCCGUCUGCGAGCAGGCCAGACCAGGUUACAAAGGCGAUCACCUCGGCCAAGUCUCCACAUAUGAAUUGGCAGGAGCUGGAGAGCUGGUAUUCUUCCAUUAUCAACACGGCUCAGGGCUGGUUUGCGGUCUAUGAGGAGAUCUCCCAGGAUCCCAACUUCCAGAGUCCAGCCGAGCUGGGCCUCGAGGCACUGGAGCGCGACUUGCUUGAAGCGCAGGCACAUGUUCAGCGAGUCUUGCUCAAGGCUUCGGAGCUACUCCUCAAGCGACCGGGUCGACCCAUUUCAGAUCCCAGCAGUCUUCGUUUCCUACUGAUACUCAUGGAGAACCCUCUGCUGUACUCGGACGAUCCUGUAUUUAAAGGCAUCCUUCAGCAGGACAGAAUACCGGAGUCAGUGUCCGUUCCAGCGUCGCAAAAGCCUUCAGGGCCGCAGACUGGUCUGCUAUCUGGCCAUCACUCCGGCAUUAUCAAGCGUAUCAUUGGUCUUUUGUCCAAUUCGUCGACCAAUUGCCACAACCAACUCAUUGUCUGGUUUGCGAAAUAUCCGCAGGCGCGCUUUAUUCGUACCAAAGAGUUUGUGUCCGGCUUCUUGACGUAUCGCAUGCUCCGUCAAGGGAACAGGACCCAUCGUACCGAAGUGGACAUCACAGCUGGACUGAUCCCGGAGAUGCAAUCCGGGAGGUCUGCGGGGGCUUACCUGUACGAUGAAAUUGGAUCCGGCUCCUCGAAGAAGCAGAAAGAAUCGGACAAGGUGACUGCCUACUCAGAUGACUGGCAGGUCAAGGCCGCAUCUCGUGUCCUCGCUCUGCUGUUCGCGGCCAACAACUUUCCCGGCAUGAGACACGGGGAUGAGGUAGUGGCAAGCGGAGGGGACGUCCAAGUUGCUGCAGUGCGCGAUGGUGUGCGUGCCAGCGGGCAGGUUUUACCGACGAGCGACUUUUACAACCUCAUGAUAGACAACGCCGAUCUGGUCAACGAUUUCGAGGCAUGGGAAGCAAAGAGGGCAAAGUUCUGUUUCUGCCAGUAUCCCUUCUUGCUCAGCAUAUGGGCCAAAACGAGGAUACUAGAGUACGAUGCUCGGCGUCAGAUGCAGAACAAGGCGCGCGACGCCUUUUUCGACAGCAUCAUGACGCGCAAGAACGUGAAGCAGUACCUGACACUAGACGUUCGCAGGGACUGCUUGGUGGACGACAGCCUGCAGGCUGUGAGCGAGGUCAUUGGAAGUGGGAGCGAAGACAUCAAGAAGGCUCUACGAAUUACCUUUGCGGGCGAGGAGGGCAUCGACGGAGGCGGACUGCGGAAGGAAUGGUUCUUGCUCCUCGUACGCGAUGUGUUUAACCCAGAUCACGGCAUGUUUCUCUACGAUGAGGAUUCCCAGUACUGUUACUUCAACCCGUCCUCCUUUGAGACGUCGGAUCAGUUCUUCCUUGUGGGCGUCGUUAUGGGCUUGGCCAUAUACAAUUCGACCAUCCUGGACGUCGCACUACCGCCGUUUACGUUUCGCAAGCUUCUUGCAGCGGCCCCGGCCCAUGGCCAAGGUGCCUCGGCUCACCCGAAACCGUCUAUGAAGUAUACGCUAGAAGACUUGGCCGAGUACAAGCCGCGCCUUGCAAAGGGACUCAGGCAGCUGCUUGACUACGACGGAGAUGUGGAGGAGACGUUUGCGUUGGAUUUUGUGCUCGACAUGGACAGAUAUGGGACAGCGGUGCAGGUGCCGCUGUGCCACGGCGGAGAGCGCAAGCCGGUGACGAACAGCAACCGACGCGAGUACGUUGACCUUUAUGUCCGGCACAUGCUGGACGCGGCAGUUUCGCGGCAGUUCGAGCCCUUCAAAAGAGGCUUCUAUACGGUGUGCGGCGGGAACGCAUUCUCGCUUUUCCGACCAGAGGAAAUUGAGCUCAUUGUGCGAGGCUCGGACGAGGCCCUUGACAUUUCCUCUCUGCGAGCGGUCGCCGAAUACGACAACUGGGGGACGCGGCAGCCAGAUGGGAAGGAACCAGUUGUCAGCUGGUUCUGGCAAAGUUUCCAGGACGCUACCCCGGCAGAUCAGCGUAAGCUGCUUCUCUUCAUCACCGGCAGUGACCGAAUACCCGCCAUGGGUGCGGCCAUGCUGCCCAUCAAAAUAUCAUGUCUCGGCGACGAUUGCGGACGAUACCCAAUCGCCAGGACCUGCUUCAAUAUGCUGUCGCUUUGGCGAUAUCAGUCAAAGGCGCGACUAGAGGCCAUGCUUUGGCGAGCUGUGCGAGAAAGUGAGGGCUUCGGUCUCAAAUGA